AUGAUCCUUGCUGAUGAUGCUGUUUGGCAAAACAUUAUUAAGUCAAAUGAGAAGGCUAAGAAGUUCAUUAAAAACAAAUCCUUCCCUCUCCUUGAGUCUUUAGGAGAGCUCUACGAUGGACAAACUGCCGAGGGAAACAUGAAUUUCACCUCUAUUGAGCCAUGUCAACAUGCCAUUAUCACACAAGUGGACAAUGGCGAAGAAUACCUUGAGAGAAGUGAUGCAUUUCCAGAUCCGAAUUAUGUUGUUGAUGUUGAUAUGAGCACUCAAGUUCAAGAUCAUGAAGACGAUGGAAUGGAUCAAGAAACUCUACCAAGCCACAUUCAUACCUCCUCAAGAACAGAUGGAGAAAACAAUGUCAAGAAGAGAAAAUUUGCUCCGAGGAAAAGGGUCGACAAGAUUGCGAAUAAGGCUAAAAGAAAUGAUGUCAUUGAUAUGAUGGGAAGGUAUCUGGAGAUGAGAACAAAACAAUCUGAGGAGAAAGUUGCAGCUCUGUCCAAGGAGAGAGACGAGGCAAAGGAGGAGUCAAACAAAGUGGAUGAUUGCUCAAUAAAGAAUUGCAUAACUGUUGUAGAAAGGAUGGAAGAGCUAUCAACUGAAGAGAAAGUCAAAUCUUUUGGUGUUUUCAAGGAUGCUCAAAAUAGAGAGAUCUUCAUGAGUGCAGGACCUAUGACCCGUCUUAUGUGGUUAAGGACAAUGCUAGGGUGAUGGAGAUUGCAAGAUGACAUAUGCAAACAGGACUGGUACUUGGUCUAUUGAUCUGAAUGAACCAUGAUUAGUUAAUUUUGUCAUUACCAUAACCUGAAGUUGUACAGAUUGCAUCACGUUUUCUGUUGACUUGAUUGGAAAUGCAAUUAUUGUGAGAGUUGUUAUGAUGUAAUAGUCAUUCAUUAUCUCAGAACUAUGUAUGGAAGAGUUAGUUGGUUAAUGCUGA